AUGGAGAAGAAAAACAAAGGUCGUCAGAAAAUAGAAAUGGUGAAAAUAAAAAAUGAAAGUAAUCUUCAAGUUACUUUUUCAAAGAGAAGAUCUGGUCUUUUCAAAAAAGCUAGUGAACUUUCUACACUUUGUGGUGCCGAAAUUGCCAUUAUCGUUUACUCACCUGGACGAAAAGCUUUUUCUUUUGGUCAUCCAAAUGUUGAAACCGUAAUUGAUAGAAUUGUAAACAACAAUCCUCCACCUUCUCACCAACCAAACAAUUUGCAACCCAGUGAAAUUCAUCAAAAUUAUAUCAUUCAAGAUCUGAACAAUCAUCUUACUCAGGUGAUGAAUCAAUUAGAAUUUGAGAAAAAAAGGAAUGAAGAACUGAAGAAAAUAAGAGAAAUUUCUAAAAGGCCUGAAAAUUGGUGGGAAGAACCCAUUGAAAAACUUGACUUAGCUCAAGCCUAUGAAUUUAAAGGUAUGCUUGAAAAUUUGAAAAAAGAGGUUACAUUUGAAGCAAAAAAAUAUUUUCAAGCAAAUAUUCCUCAUCAAAACUUUGAUGUUGGAAAUUCUAGCAAUGCUCCUUUUGGGGUUGAUGAUGGUAACAAUAUCAACCUAGAUUUCGAUCAGUAUCAUCAAAGAAGGAUGGUAGACAUGAAUGCAUCCUCCAACCAUGGCAUGAUUCUUCCUAAUCACUCGAUACCAUUUGGAAAUAAUAAUCAUGGUAGUAUUACUAAUGAAUUUGUUCCAAGAAACAAUAUGAACUACAUACCAGAUUUUAAUCAAAACCAAAACAUGACGUUGAAGGAAGAAAAUAAGCAUCAUCAUGUCGGUCAUCCUCCACACUCUAGAUCUGAUUAUUCUUAA